CACAAAGAUUUUUUUCUAAACUGCUUCCUCCCUCUUUGCUCACAAACCCCCCCAAGCGAUUGUUGGAAAAAGACUGGACUGUUUUUGUAAAAGACUCUUUGCUCACACUCUACUUUUACUUGCACACACUUACUACUACACUCCAUCCAACCAUGAAGAAGAAGGACGACAUUGUCUCGAAGGAAUCUGGUUUCCUGGACGAAGAUGACGUGGAAGCCAGCCGCACAUCCAUGUCGAGCAACACGGGCAGCAGCGGCGGCGACGAUUCGUUCAAUGUGAACGAUAUCAGUGCAUCCGAGAACAAGCAAGUCCUGGUCUCCAAGCUCAUCAUGAUUGUCGUCUUGCUCUGUGCGGCCUUUGGCGUCGGCUACGCUACGUGGGCCUUUACGUCCAAUACGGAACAGGAAGACUUUGAAUCCAGUUUUGAAGGCUUUGCCAAUGAGAUCAUUCAAGUGUCUCAGAUCAACGCCAAUGCGGAGUUUCAAGCUUUGAAGGCUCUGGCUCUGUCCGUGACGGCCUACUCGCUGGGUGCCGCUUCGGGGGAAUGGCCCUUUGUGACGAUCAUGCCCAGUUUCUACUGGGAAGGCCACAACACCAUGGCGCAAAUGGGAGCCUCGUGGAUCAUUCUGACUCCCAUUGUCACCGAAGACAAUCGAGAAACCUACGAACAGUACGUCAUUGACAAUCAAGGAUGGAGGAACGAAACCUGGGAACAGAUUGGACGCAUCGGACCUCCUCCCGGUCCUGUCGCCGAGUGUAUCUUUCGUUACAACUACACCGACUGGUCCACCAAGUGCGACAAUGGAACGGCAGACUUUACAUUUGACCCGGAACUCCCCUUCUAUGCUCCCGUCCAUGGAGUCUCUGUACCUCUCGACAAUGGACUGCCGGGAGGAUACACCCAGAACAAUGCCUGGGCGGAUCCCAUCAUUCCUCCCAUUGCCAAGGAAAUGAUGCGCACCGGGGAGGGUGUCCUCUCGGAAGCCUUUGGAAGUUCCGUCUAUGGACAAGAGUUCUCCGGAGAUGUCAUGCCCGACAGUUACCUCGCCAUGCCCGUAUACGACAGCUUUCAUGAAGGAGAGAAUGUCACCAUUGUCUCCUUUCUCACCGCGGCCAUUACCUGGAAUUUUUUCUCCGAUAUUCUCUCGGAUGAAGGAACUGCCGGGAUCUAUCUCUACCUCGAAAACAAGUGCGGCUCUACCUUUACCUUUCGCAUUGACGGUCCCAACGUCACAUUUGUCGGUCCUGGCGAUUUGCACGAUCCUCACUACGAUUAUCUCGAGAUCUCGGUCAAUGCCACCGAUCUGCGAACGCCCGCACAGUGUCGCUAUGUCAUGAACCUCUAUCCCUCUCAAGAAUUUGAAGAUCAAUACCGCACCAACCGACCCGCCGUCUUUACCGUCGGGGCCAUUAUGAUCUUUGUCAUUACGGCACUCUUCUUCUUUCUCUACGAUUGUCUCGUCAAGAAACGACAAAACGUCGUUGUCGCAUCGGCCAACCGGACCGGUGCACUCGUCAAUUCCAUGUACCCCAAGGACGUUCGCGAACGAUUGUUGGCCGACGAACGAGACAAUGCUGGACAUGAAAGUAAAAUGUUUGGUUUGCCCAUGGUAGGAAACCACAGCAACAGCCUGACGGCCAGUACUAUGAGUUCCUCCAAUAAUGGUGUACUCUUUUACAACACCACACCCAUUGCCGAUUACUAUCCCGAAGGAUCCUUGAUGGUGGCCGAUCUGGUCGGAUUCACGGCGUGGUCCAGUGAACGAGAACCCGCUCAAGUGUUUGUCCUGCUCGAGACACUCUAUGGGGAAUUUGAUCGCAUUGGAAAGAGGAGAAAGAUUUUCAAGGUUGAAACAUUUGGUGAUUGCUACGUGGCUGCAGCCGGAUACCCCGAGCCCAUGGAAAACCAUGCCGUUACAAUCUGUCGCUUUGCCAACGAGUGCCGACGAGAAACUACCAACAUCGUGCACAAGCUCGAGGUGUACUUGGGACCAGAUACGGGUGACCUCAAGCUCAGGGUGGGAAUCUCCAGUGGCCCCAUUACAGGAGGUGUCUUGCGCGGAUCCAAAAGCCGCUUCCAGUUGUUUGGAGAAACCUACGACAAUACCUUUGCGGUCCGUAACCAAUCACAAGCCGGCAGAAUCCACAUUAGUCAAGCCACGGCGGAUAUUCUCAAGGCCAAGGGGCGCACCAAAUGGUUGGUGCCAACCGAAAAGACGGUCGUCUUCCAAGACAAUAUCACCUCCAAGACCUAUUGGCUCAAGAUUCGUCAAGCUGGAAAGACAUUCACCAACGACACAGCUGUGGAUAGCAGUGACCAAGCUUCUGUCACAUCGGAUGCAGACCACGAGCUGGAUGUGAUUGAGAGGAGUAUGAACAACAACAAGAAGAAGAGGCUCGUGGACUGGAUUGUCGACAGUCUCACUCGAUCACUCAAGAUGAUUGUCGCCAUGAGAGAUCAAAACAAACGAGUGGAAAAAAGCAGCAGCGUUGUCCCAAGUUUGAACCCACUAGAUGAACUCGCCGAGAUUAUUACGCUUUCCAGCGACAAGAAUGAUUUCAAGUGCGAUCCUUCCACUGUGGAAUUACCUCCUGCCGUUCUCAAGCAGCUUCAGAAAUACGUGUCUGCCAUUGGCGAUCUCUAUCACGAAAACGACUUUCACAACUUUGAACAUGCCUGUCACGUGGCUCAAGCCAUUACCAAGCUGCUAUCACGUGUAGUAUCGACUCACACUAUUGACACCACCACGAUGGCCUAUGUCCAAAAGGGCGAAGCUUCCGACUUGCACGACAACACGUUCGGCCUGACCAGUGACCCCAUGAUCCACUUUGCGUGCGUGUACAGUGCGUUGGUGCAUGACGCGGACCAUCCCGGAGUGAGCAAUGCUGUGUUGGUGAAGGAAGGAAGCGAGUUGGCGGAGUUCUACAACCAAAAGAGUGUAGCAGAGCAAAACUCCGUCGAUCUCUCCUGGAACAUGCUAAUGCAGGACGAGUACAAAGACCUUCGCAAGUGCAUCUACACGAAUCAGGCCGAGCUGGAGCGCUUCCGACAGCUAGUGGUCAACUCAGUCAUGGCGACGGAUAUCGUGGACAAGGAGCAGAGUGCCUUCCGCAAGGGGCGCUGGAACAAAGCUUUCAGCAGCGAGGAUGGCGAAGACGAGACCGAGAAGGAAAUGACCGAUCGAAAGGCGACCAUUGUGAUUGAGCAUUUGAUUCAAGCAGCGGACGUCUCGCACAUGAUGCAACACUGGGAAGUUUACAUCAAAUGGAACGAGAAAUUCUUCCGAGAGUGCUACAUGGGAUACUUGGACGGCCGCCAAGACAGCGAUCCGAGCCAAGGAUGGUACAAGGGCGAAAUGGGCUUCUAUGACUUUUACGUGAUCCCUCUUGCUAAGAAGCUCGAGACUUGCGGUGUCUUUGGUGUAUCUUCGGAUGAGUAUUUGAACUACGCCAAAGCCAACAGAAAAAAGUGGGAACUUGAGGGCGAGCAAAUUGUUGAGCGAUACUUGGCCAACUUUCGUGCUGACCACCCACCGCCGGAGAGUGCCUGUACAACCGCCCAACAAGACUUAUUCAGGAAUGAGUUAGAGUGCUAAAAGGCAACUCCCCCUCCCUUCAUCCAGACCGCCGCGUCGAAUCGAAUCAACGUCUUGAGGUGGUCAAAGCAACCUUCCACUCUGCCAUACUGUGCAAGCUCGCAAUGUACAGACACCUCCCGGUGUGUUUCUCAAACUCAACCUCAUCUCAACUCCUACUCAGUUUCCGACAGACAGAGAACACACAUCCCUUACAUGUAUCAACCUUAGAUAAAUCUACAUAGUACAUAUUAGCAGCUUGAGUCAAAGC